GGUUCCCCAAACGCGUCGACCUCAACUCAUGCAUACAAAUCUUCCUCCCCUAGUUCCUCAUCCCUCCCAAUUCAUCUUAUCCACACCGGAAUUGGAAUUUUUGCUAUUGAGGAUUUUACUUUCUAUAACCCAUCCUUUAUUUACAUAUCCAUCUGGUAUGAAUAAUCAUUAAUAUGGACGACGCGACUCUGCCCCCGAUGCCUCCACCCCGCUCUCCCUCACCAACUCUCCCUGAACAUAUUCCCCAACCUAAUUCUGGAUCUGAUCCCCGGAGCCUACCUGAAGUAGAAAAGGAACACCCCAACUACUCAGAUAAUAACGAGGAGUUAGAAUCCGCCAAUUCCUCGCACGACGUUGCCGCAUUUGUUCCCCUUAAGGAAGAGGCCCCUGACACUGAAGGGAAAUUGGAAGGCGGAAAGCAGAAAAGGAAACGGACCAGCCCCGAAGACCAAGCAUUUCUCGAAGCCCAGUACAAGGAAAACCCCAAACCGAACAAAGCAGCGCGUGCAGAAAUUGUCAAGAGUGUUAGAUUGAACGAGAAGGAGGUUCAGAUAUGGUUCCAAAACCGUCGCCAAAUCAAUCGGAGAAAGUCGCGUCCACUUCUCCCACAUGAGAUUGCAGCCUUUGGUCUUGGCCUGAACCCCUUGUCUUCUGAUCCUGCAUCCAUUGUCAACUAUAGUAGCAGCCAGGAAACGGAUGAGCAAGCCGAAUCAUUUCUGCCGAACGAGGCUUUAAGACCACUUGAUAAUGAGGACGAAUCUCGAAUUUCACAUGAUGUUGAGCUGUCAGCACCCGAAACAACAUCUAAAAUCAAAUCCUUAGAGAAAGUUGCAGAAGGUACUCAAAAGCUUCCGGUAAAGACUGAACAUAACCCUCUGGUCUCAGAGACACCCAGCAAGGAAACUCGCUCUCAGUCGAUUUCGGACGCCCUAUCCCAAUCAUUUUCCGCCACUCCUGGAUAUCUGGCCAAUCGUUGGAAUAACGUGAACCCAUUCUCAACCCCUGUUGCUGCUCACAGUAUCAUGUUUACAACUCCCACCAUUUCUCGACCAAUCUUCCCAUCGUCUUGCCCCGAAAGAAUCACAACGGAUACUACUCCAGCUGCUACAUCUCGAGUGCGUCUCUCAACUGGCCUUGAUGGUAGAGCAGAGUUAGUCGAAGGAGAAAUCACCCCUCCCCGCUCACAUGCCGAACGUCCUACAUCGUCAUUAUCUAGCGUCAUUCCACUAAAGCGAAUGCGAAGCUUAUAUCGCAGCCACAGUGCUCUCCCUCUCGGAUCUUCAUCCUUUAAUGGCCCUUUCACGCCUCGUUUACUGAGUGGCCGCUCGCGUGAUGCACGGACUUGGGAAUUUUGCGCCGAAGGAGAGCCUCGUGACGAACUCACCACUCAGGCGGAAAAUGAGUCCAGUGGUUCAGCAAUCGCAGCGAUUAGUCUUAUCCGCUCGACUAGCAGCAGUGCUUUGAAACCUAACCCCAAUAAACGAAACACGCCGUCCCGACCGAAUCUGCAAGGGAAGAGACCUAAAAUGGGACGCGCAUCGUCAAGUGUUGCGAGGAUGCAGAGUGGUAUUAAGAAAUCGAGACAGUCCGUUAAUGAUAAAGAUCAGUUGAUGAGAUCUCCAUCCGGAGACUCGGACAAGGAGAAUUGGGUUCCGUCUCAAACUGGUGUAAACCCGCGCCGGCGACCUGCUCAUAUCCCAAAGGAGAGUGACAAAGAGCCGAAAGGGAUUCUUCAAGACAAUCCUAGUAUACCUACUCAUGCAGACUUUGGCGUCGAUGGAAAUAAGCGAAGAAAGAGCACGCAUUCUGAACCCCAGGUUUUUGAGGAUGGAGAAACUAGUGCAAAGAACACCAAAGCUCCCGAUGAUGAUGUUCAACAUUUUAUGCAAGCUCCGGUGAGCCCGAGUAAGAAGGACGAUGUCGAUUGUAUACAAGGGCUUUUAUCGUUGAGUCAGGGGAAUUGGCGAUAAUCAAGGCCCUACGAGGUCAGUGAUACGAGAAAUGAAUGAUGAUACGGGGUCUUACUGGAGCUUGGUUGGUUGGUUAGGCAUUGGUCAAUCUUUGGAAAACGGAAUAAAAUUGGUGUAACAUUGUGGUGUGGUAUGGUCAACUAUUGUGGGUUCUACAAAGAUUUGGAAGAUCCAAAAAUGUUCAAUUAAUCGAAACAAUUUAUCAUGAAGAUCUGGCAGUCUGCUGGGCUGGCCCUGAACUUUGUAGUUCUUCUCCUUUUCAAAGAUUUGUGCAGUCAAACCUGUGUAUGGUCAAAUUGCUAGCUCA